GUUUAUUUUAUUUGCUUUGUAAAUAGAUUUAAGUUAUUUAUUUUAAUAAUCUGGUAUCGCUUAUAGCCAGAAAAAGAACUACUGACUGCAAUGGCGAUUUUCUAGGGUUUUAUGGGUCAGCGACGGUGGAAUCCUGGAAUCAAACGGGAAGGUCUGUUCGAGACGGUAUUCGAUCUACGGAGAAAUGAGGGAAAUAGUGGGAUCUGUAGGCGAGAUUGGGGAGGAAAAUCUCGAUCGGAUCGGCGAGGGUUGUUGGGUGAAUCAUCACGAUAUGGAAAGCGGAUCGGGAUCUCAGUGUUUUUAAAAUCAAAAUCUCUUCUAAUCGAAGAGUCAACUCAUUGGAGGUUCUGGAGAGAUGAAAAAUGGUGACGGUGCUCGUAAGAGGCUGAAGAUUUCGGUCCCUCACUUCAACAAUUCAGAUCUUAUCAAGGGCUAUUCCAAAACAUUAAUUGGAAGAUGCAUGAAUCCGGAGGAGCAGAACGUCAAGUUCUUGAUGGUGACGCUUCCCAAGAUUUGGAAUCUAGAGGAAAAGGUGGUUGGCAUGGACUUGGGGCUAGGGAGGUUCCAGUUCGACUUUGAUGCAGAGGAAGACAUUUGAAACGGUGCUGAAGAUGCAACCGUUUCACUUCGACUACUGGAUGAUCUCGUUAGUACGGUGGCAACCAAAGAAGACUAAGAAUUAUCCUUCGGAAAUCACCUUUUGGAUUAAGGUUUUGGGAGUGCCAUUGGAGUUUUGGGAAGCCCCAACUUUCAGGAGCAUUGGUGAUGUGAUUGGUGUGACAAAAGACGUGGAUUUGGACUAUUGUUGAGUGCAAGUUACGGUUGAUGGGUACAAGGAGCUAAUAUUCGAGACGACUGUGGAUUUCAAGGGAGGCGAGUAUUAUGAAGAAGAAGAGGCUCCGGUAACAUUGCGGUAUGAAAAGUUGUUUGGUUACUGUAAAACUUGUCUCAGUCUUUGCCACAAGAUAAGAAGUGCCCGCUGACCACAAAGAGUUCUGACAAGCCGAAGGAGAUAAGAGAUUAAGAUGAAGGCCAUUACGAUGAUCGGGCUCGAAGCUACAAGGGUGUGGUUAUUAACGGGAAUGGAGGGCAACAAGAUAGGGGAAGAGAGAAACGUGAGUACCAAGGAAAAGGAAAAGGGAAAAUGUUUGAGGAAGGGGACUCAAAGUGGGUUAAGGCUGCGGACAUGGAGCGUAAAACUCACAACAACAAUCAUCGUAGUGGCCAUCGUGGUGAGGAGGAAAGUUCCCAUCAUAGGAACGAUAGAAGAGAGCAUUCACGGACACAUCAAGAUGACCGUGCAAGAGCGCCUGCAGGCUCGCGUGGUGAAAGAGGUGCACGCAGCGAGGCUCGAAUGGAUGUCAGCGAAGAAGGUGAGGUCAAUGGGAUGGAGCAGUCGAGUCAAAAGGAGGAGAAGAUACAAGAGCCGGCAAAGCCUUCCCAAGCUUUCCUAGCUGAGCUAAUGGAGACCCAAGGAGAUCAAUCUAAGGUAAUCUUGGAACGUACGGAGGGAGAUCAGGGAUUAGUUUUGGAACAAAUGGGUUUGGAUUUAAUGGAAGUUAACAAUCUAGCUUCUGAUGUGGGUAUGGGGUUAGAAGAUCAGCACAUUGGUAACAUUGGUAACGGGACCAGGGAGGCUCUGGAGAAUGAUUUGUAUGUGUUAGGUGAGGAGGAGAUUGAGGACGAUGAUCCAAUGCAGGAGGUGGUAGCAGAUGAUCCUGAGGAGAAGAAAAAGAUUGAGGAUGUAGAAGUGAACGAUCGGGUCAAUGGUGAGGUGGAGAAGAGGCAAGGCACCCAUAGAAAGGCGCUUAAGCCGUCGUUAGCUGCAGUAGCCUCCAACAAGAUGAAGCUGGCUCAGCUGGUGGCUGCUAAACGAACGGUAGCCAAAGCAGGCAUUCGCCAUGGUGAUCACUCCAAGCAGGGAGAGGAGAAGGGACCAUCAGCCCCCAAGAAUGAUCCUGCCAAGUACCUGAAAGACCCAUGAAUCAAGAAACCGCAAGUGACAUGUUACAUGGGCAUCAUAUGGGUUAUGGUCUUUUUAUUGUUUCAAUAAGCUUUUUGAGCAGUUUUAUUUGUUUUAUCCUUGAGUUGGUAUUGGGUUCUGAUUGGUUAUUGUUAUUGUGGGCUAUGUGCUGGUCGUUCUAUAUGGUUUUUUUAUGGAAUAAAAAUGGUUCUUUAGUUUGGUCUUGUUGGCAUCAUCUCUUGUUACAAGGUGCAAGUGUAAAAUUAUCUGAGACUGUAUUGGUUAUGUGCAUAGUUAGGCGUCACGAAAGCGGUUUAUGGCUUCAUUUCUUUAGGUGGUACUGGAUUAUGAAUGGUAUCUGGAGGCAAAAUUUGGCUAUUACAUUUUCACUGAAGAAGCUAAACUACUUGGUUUCAUUAGACCAAGUAAAUGAAGUGAUGAGGAGAGCAAUCCAAAUAAUCAAAUGGGUUGGUCACGUAAAGGAAAAGCGGUUUUGUUGGGUUUCUGGAAAUAUAACUUGGUUUGGAGACUAUGUAUUAAGCGUGAACAAGACACACAAAAUGGGCAGUGAAAGUGCUAAAGUGUCCAAUUGUAUUAGCGUUUUGUCUUUUUAUGAAGGUGAAAUGGAUUUUUCAGAAAUAGGAAUUGAAUUAAUUAUGGUACAAGGUAAAUUAUGGGUCUCUUUAUACCCGAUUUUUUUCUUGGGUGCAAAUCCUAAAUUUUUUUUAAUGAAAGUUUUAAGUUGGAAUUGUCGAGGAAUGGGAAGUAAGUGGACUAUGAGUUAUCUGAGAGAGAUUUGGCAUAAACACAAACCAGAUUUUUUAUUUUUAUCAGAAACAAAGCAGGAGUUCAAUUUUGUACAGAGGUUUCAACUUCACUCUGGUUUCGAUAAUCCAGUUACAGUGGAUCCAAUUGGGAGGAGUGGUGGAUUAGCACUUUUUUAUAACAAUGAGUAUCAGGUUGAGAUCCUAUACUCAAGUAAUCGGAUGAUAGAUGUGGAGGCAGUGGCUCUGGGGAAAAGAGUUUUUCGAACAUUUGUCUAUGGAGAUCCGGUCCAGAAAAUGAGGGAACAAGUUUGGGAACGUUUAACUAGGUAUGGACUUUCAAGAUCCGAACCAUGGUUUAUUAUUGGUGAUUUAAAUGAAAUUACUGGAAAUCAUGAAAAAGAGGGAGAAGUUGUGAGAAGUGCGUAUUCAUUUAUCCACUUCAAUAAUAUGAUAAGAAACGGCGGUUUGCUGGAGUUUCCAGCCCGAGGAAACAAAAUGUCCUGGCGAGGGAGAAGGGGAAAAGGAAAGGAGGCAGUGACGGUCAGAUGUCGGUUAGAUAGGGCCCUCGCAAAUGAGGAGUGGCAUACUCUAUUCCCAUGUUCUUAUACAGAAUAUUUAGGAAUGGUGGCAUCUGAUCACCGGCCAGUGGUGGCGUAUUUAGAGGAUAAAGUGUCCCGAAGGAAGGGGCAAUUUCGUUUUGAUAAGAGGUGGGUUGGACAAGAGGGUCUUAUGGAAUUCAUUUCAUUGGGCUGGUCAGAUCAUCGUGCAGGGAGAGAGGAUGAUAUAGUGGAAAAAAUAAGCAACUGUCGACACAAAAUUGCAAAAUGGCGGAAAAAUAACCCACCUUAUGGAAAAGAAAAGAUUAGUGAUUUACAGAAAGCUCUUGAAGAGGUACAAACAGAUGAUACUAGACCUCAGGAGGAUAUUAUGGAGGUAUCUAGGAAGCUCCAAGAGGCAUAUAAAAAUGAAGAAUAUUAUUGGCAUCAGGAAAGUAGGAAUAUGUGGUAUUCUUCUGAGGAUCUUAAUACAAAAUUCUAUCAUGGUUUGACUGAGCAACAACGAGUUCGUAAUAGAAUAGUAGGAUUAUAUGAUGCUGCGGGGAACUGGAUUACAGAGGAUAAUGGGGUGGAAAAAAUGGUUGUAGACUAUUUCGAAGAAUUAUUUACUACUACUUCACCUACAGGUUUUGAAAGCUUUCUUACAGAGGUACCAACGGGCAUCACUCCCCAGAUGAACCAACGUUUGUUGAGGUUACCGACCGAGAACGAGGUUAAAGAGGCUUUGUUUAUGAUGCAUCCGGAAAGGGCACCAGGUCCGGAUGGCAUUACAGCUCUUUUUUUUCAACAUUCCUGGCAUAUCAUUAAGAAUGAUCUGGUUGAAAUGGUGAACAAUUUUUUGGUUUCUGGAGAAAUGGAUUCAAGGUUAAAUAUUACUAAUAUUUGUAUGAUUCCAAAAACGGAGAGAGCAACAAGGAUGACGGAGUUGAGGCUAAUUAGCCUAUGUAAUGUGGGGUGUAAAAUUAUUUCGAAGGUACUAUGUCAGCGGUUGAAGUUAUGUCUUCCGUCUCUCAUUUCAGAAACACAGUCAGCAUUUGCGGCUGGGAGGUUGAUAACUGAUAAUAUUCUUAUAGCUCAGGAGAUGUUCCAUGGAUUACGGACUAAUAAGGCAUGUUAAGGAAAAUAUAUGGCAAUUAAAACAGAUAUGAGUAAGGCGUAUGAUAGGGUGGAAUGGGAUUUUAUUAAGGCUUUACUAGUAAAGAUGGAUUUUGAUCUUCAUUGGAUUAAGUUAAUGAUGGAGUGUAUAUCAUCGGUUCAAUAUCGGGUUCUACUAAAUGGUCAGCCACGAGGUUUAAUUAUUCCCCAUAGGGGAUUACAGCAAGGAGAUCUUCUAUCACCUUAUUUAUUUAUAUUGUGUACUGAGGCAUUGAUUGCAAAUAUUAAAAAGGCAGAGCAUGGGCAAGAACUCACGGGCAUGAAGGUAGUCAGAGCAUGUCCAUCGAUUUCUCAUCUGCUUUUUGCGGAUGAUAGUCUGUUCUUUUGUAAAGCUCAAAGGGGUGAAUGUCAAACUAUUCUCAUGAUCUUAAAGGAAUAUGAGAUGGUAUCAGGUCAACUCAUUAAUUUUGAUAAAUCAUCGAUUCAAUUUGGGCAUAAGAUUGAGGAAUAUAUCAGACAGGAAUUGAAAGAUAUUUUGGGCAUCCAGAAUCUUGGAGGAAUAGGAACUUAUUUAGGAUUACCAGAAAAUCUUGGGGGUUCAAAGAUUCAAGUUUUCAGCUUUCUGCAAGAUUGGUUAAAUAAAAGGGUCAAUGAGUGGACUUUUAAGUUUUUCGCGAAAGGAGAAAAGGAAGUGAUUAUUAAAUCAGUGGUCACGGCAUUACCAAAUCAUGUGAUGUCGGUUUAUCGAUUACCCAAGGCAACCGCAAAGAAAUUGACAAGUGCGGUUGCACAAUUCUUGUGGAGUCCAGGGGGUAGUACAAGAGGUUUGCAUUGGAAAUCAUGGGACAAAGUAUGUGUUAGCAAAGAGGAAGGCGGAUUGGGAUUUAAAGACAUCACUGAUUUCAACAUGGCGAUGCUUGGUAAACAGUUAUGGAGAUUGAUUUAAAGCCGAAUACUUUAUUUUCUCGAGUUUUCAAAGGUCGGUACUACAGGAAUGCCUCACCCCUGGAAACGAUUCGUUCCUACUCUCCGUCAUAUGGAUGGCGGAGAAUCACAUCUGCUAGAUCUCUGGUAAGCAAAGGACUAAUCAAACGGGUGGGAUCAGGAUCAUCUAUCUCUGUAUGGAAUGAUCCAUGGCUCCCAACCACUCGCCCGAGACCAGCCAAUAAAAACCAACACAACCAUUAUCCAGAUCUCACAGUGGAUUCUCUCAUUGAUCCUACUACGCAGACUUGGAAUUCACAGGCACUUCGGGCUUUCGUAGACUCACAGGGUGUGAAACUUAUAGAAAGCAUACCACUGAGCAGAACUCAGAUGGUAGAUAGAGUUGGAUGACAUUUCACAAAUAAUGGGAAAUAUACGGUCAAAUCAGGUUAUCAUGUAGAGCGAGUCUACCCAGAUCGGGAAAGAUCACCAGUAAUGUUUGGACCCACAGUAAAUAUAUUGAAGUCAUUCUGUUGAAAAAUACGGUGUCCACCAAAGUUAAAACAUUUCCUUUGGCAAUUGGUAACACGGUGUGUCACAGUCAAGAAAAAACUGCAAGCGCGAGGGUUAACUGGUGAUAUAUGUUGUGCAAGAUGCGGUGCUAACGAGGAAUCGAUAAACCAUGUGUUUUUUGAAUGUCCCCUAGCAAUUCAGGUCUGGGCUCUCUCACAGAUACCAUCAAAUCCAGCUAUUUUUCCAACAAAGUCUCUAUUUACAAAUAUGGAUCAUCUUUUCUGGAGAGUUCUCCCGCAAUUAGAGGAUCACCAGUUUGCAUGGAUACUAUGGUAUAUUUAGAAAGGACGGAAUAAUAAAGUUUUUAGCAAUUUGGAUAUAGAUCCUAGGGAUACGCUUAAAUUGGCAGAAACGGAAUCAACACUUUGGGCGGUAGCGCAGAUAGUAAAAUAACAGAGAACGGUAUCACAAGCCGAUGUUAUGUCUUUACCGGAGAUUCCAGGUCGAUGGUGUUUCACAUAUGGUUCUUGGAAGGAAAAUGAUAAUUUUUCUGGACAGAGUUGGUUUAGUACUUUAGAAGGGUUUGCCGGGUUGAUGGGGGUACGGAAUGUUCGGACUAGUCUUUCGCCUCUCCAUGCAGAGAUGGAAGCACUACUCUGGGCAAUGGAAUGUAUGAGGAAUUUACGUCAAUUUCAGGUCACGUUUGCUACGGAUUGUUCUCAAUUGGUGAAGAUGGUUUCGGAACCAGAAGAAUGGCCAGCGUUUGCAAGUUAUUUGGAAGAUAUUAAAGUCCGGAAAU